AUUCUGCUGCUCGUGACCCCAUAAACGAUUUUUCAUCUACGGUUCGUGUUCUGAUAUAUUGGAGAUUGGGAACAGUAUUGGGGUCGAACUGGGAUAUCUGAAGCUUAUCGAUCGGUAGAAUUUAGAGUAGCCAACUCGCGAUUCACAAUAAUUUGGCGACGGAGAUUGAGCAACAAGUUGGUGAUUAACUAUGGAUCCAGCCAAAUUAGAAAAAUUGUUCGAACAGCAGCUGAAGCUGAUGGAGAUGAUUACUCAGACGCACAUAUCUUCUCGAGUCCCAACUACACCGACAAUUCCUGAAUCAGUUGAUGGUAUUACCAGUGGUAUUUCAGAAUUUCUUUAUGAUCCUGAUGCCAACAUUACAUUUGAUACCUGGUUCAGACGUUAUGAAGACCUUUUCAAAGUUGACUUUGCUGACAGAGAUGAUUCGUGGAAGGUGCGUCUUCUUCUUCGUAAACUUGGUCCAUCCGAGCUGGAUAAAUAUUGCAACUUCAUUCUACCGCAGAACCCACGCGACCGUUCAUUCGACGCCACUAUUCAGUCCGUUAGCCAACUUUUUGGUGAUGAUCACUCACUCUUCAGUACCCGAUAUCGCUGCUUUAAACUGGUCAUGAAUGAGUCCGAUGACUUCCUGACCCACAUCGGCGUUGUUAACCGUGAGUGCGAACGGUUCAAGCUCAGAUCCCUCACUGAAGACCAAUUCAAGUCCCUAGUACUCAUAUGCAGUCUUCAGUCACCCAAAUUCUUCGACAUCAGAACUCGGUUGCUUAACCGCCUUGAACAAGAUCCAACACUGACACUUGAUGCGACCAUAGACGAAUACCAGCGUAUCAUCAAUCUGCAGCUUGACACUACUUUGGUUCAAUCUGGGGGCCAGGGUGGUUCCGAAGUUCAUUCUGUUCAGCACCAGAAAAAAUCUUCAAGAUCGACAAACUCGAGUCCUUCGAAUACCAGCGCUGUUUCUAUCUCUAAUCACUCUAAACCGGCUCAGAAGAAGCCCCCCUCGCCAUGUUGGCACUGUGGAGCCUGGCAUUAUGUAAAGUUCUGUCCAUUCAAACAGCAUAUGUGCGAUCGCUGUCAGAAAGUUGGUCACAAAAGCGGCUUUUGCAAAUCCAACCGAUCCAAUAACCAUCGAAAUGCACAGACGCAGCGUCGUUUUCACGAAAAGCCGAUUACCUCAUCAAGGAGUUUAGCAGCAGUCUUCCAUACUCAUGCCGCGACUCGACGUAAAUUUCUGACCCUCUCAAUCAAUGGUCAGCCAGUUCGUUUGCAGUUGGACACUGGACUGUGUUCCACAACUGAAGCUGUUUUAAAACUGCAGUCAGAAGCUACGCCAGCUUUUCGCCCAAAGCGUCCAGUCCCAUACGCAUCUUUACCUCUGGUUGAUGCUGAACUUCAACGUUUGGAAACUGAGGGUGUCCUAGUACCUGUUUCUUAUUCAUCAUGGGCUGCACCAAUUGUGGUUGUAAAAAAAUUCAAUGGCUCCAUACGCAUCUGUGCAGACUUUUCCACAGGACUCAACGCGGCUCUACAACAGCAUCACUAUCCGCUACCGAUCCCAGAUGACUUAUUUACUAUUUUAAAUGGUGGUACCUACUUUGCUAAGCUGGAUCUGGCAGAUGCUUACCUUCAAAUUCCAGUCGCUCUCGAAUCGAGAGAGUUGUUGACAAUCAACACUCUCCGAGAACUUUUUCAUUACACCCGGUUACCCUUCGGUAUCAAAACUGCUCCAGCGAUCUUCCAGCAGAUCAUGAACACUAUUCUGGCAGAUGUUCCUGGUGUUGCUACAUACCUUGAGGAUGUCCUCAUUGUCGGCUCAACUGCUGAUGAAUUGCAUACCAGAACCCACUUAGUUCUGCAACGCCUCCAGGAUAAUGGUUUUCGCCUUCGCCCAGAAAAGUGCCAAUUCUUCUUACGUUUCGUUAAGUACCUGAGGUUUAUCUUUGAUGCUUCCGGACGACACCCUGAUCCUCAAAAUACUUACGCAAUCCAACAAAUGCCUGCUCCCACUGAUGUCUCCUCACUGCGAUCAUUUUCGGGAAUGAUUAGCUACUAUUCAGAAUUUCUUCCAUCACUGCAUGUCGUACGAUAUCCAUUAAAUCGUCUGCUAGAAAAGAAUGCUACUUGGAAAUGGUCAACGCAAUGUGAGUCAGCCUUUUCAAAACUUAAAGCCAUGCUAACUUCCAAUCUUCUGCUAACCCACUACAAUCCGAAACUACCCAUUGUGGUUGCUGCUGACACUUCAACACAUGGACUGGGUGCCGUAAUCUCACAUGUCUUUCCCGACGGGUCAGAGAAAGAGGUGAUGCACGCUUCGAGAACACUAACACCUGCUGAGAAACGCUACGGCCAGAUGGAGAAGGAAGCGUUAGCCCUAAUUUUUGCUGUCCGGCGAUUACACAAAUUCAUUUAUGGGCGCUGUUUCACCUUGCUCACAGACCACAAGCCGUUGUUAUCAAUCUUUAGAUCAAAGAAAGGCAUUCCUGCCCAUUCGGCUAAUCGUCUUCAAUGUUGGGCGUUGGCGUUAUUGGGGUACGACUUCGACAUCCAGUAUCGACGUUCCGAAGAUUUUGGUCAAGCGGAUGCACUGUCCAGACUUAUCAGUAACCAUUCUACCACUGAUGAGGACACACUCAUAGCCAUAGUAUCAACCGGAGAGGAUUCCGGUGCUACACUAUUGGCGAAUGCCGUUCGAGCAAUGCCUGUUACCGCUGAAGAUGUUCGGGAAGCUACCAGAGAAGACCCGAUUAUCCAAGAAGCGAUCACCUAUGUUCAGAGCAGAUAGCCAGUGAAGCAGCUGAGUGGUGAUAUGCAACAACUAGCGAAUCGUCGCAGCGCUCUCUGUAUUGUUAACGAUUGUCUGAUGUUCGGUGAUCGCGUAGUAAUUCCAACAACCCUACGUUCCAAAGUCCUACGCCAAUUCCACUCUGGACACCCAGAGAUAAACCGUAUGAAAUCCAUCGCUCGCAGCUAUGCAUAUUGGCCAAAUAUGGACAAGCAGAUUGUCGACUUCGUCAAAAGAUGUUCACAUUGCCAAAAAGCUGCGAAAAAUCCUCCUAAAUGACCUCCAGUACCCUGGCCAAAGUCAGAAAAACCCUGGUCGCGAGUGCAUAUUGACUUCACCGAACCCCUAGAUGGUACCACAUAUCUGAUACUGGUUGACUCAUACUCCAAAUGGCCGGAGAUAUUGCCGAUUGCGCCACCCUCUACAACUCGAACCAUCAAACUCCUUAAUCAGAUCUUCGCUCAACAUGGUCUUCCAGAAAUAAUAGUAACAAACAAUGGUUCACAAUUCACAUUUAGCCAAUUCCGAGAAUUUUGCCUGCAAAAUUCGAUCAACCAUGUUCGCUCUCCGCCAUAUCAUCCGCAAUCUAAUGGACAAGCUGAAAGGUUCGUUGAUACAUUUAAACGAGCCAUGCUUAAAGCACGAGGGGAGGGGACCACAGAAGAUAUCAUAGAACGAUUUCUAGUUGCGUACCGGACGACCCCGCAUGACUUAUUGCCAAACUCCAAAUCCCCUGCUGAGAUGCUUAUGGGGCGAAAGCUACGGACAGUUCAUGGUGCGAUGAAACCCAAGCAAGUGGCCCAGCAAAGCCCCCAGAUGAAGAAUACUCGAAUUCCCUACGAAGUCGGUACAAAAGUGUAUGCGCGAGAUUAUAGACAUGGAUGUGAUUAAUGAGUAGAGGGUGAAAUCACAAAAAAACAUUGGGACGUCAUGUAUGAUGUCAAAGUGAACCAAGAAAUCUGGACCAGGCACCACAAUCAACUCAGGUCAAGGGAAGCGAAGGAGAAAGAAGCAAUUACAAAACGCGUCCCACUCGACUUGCUGUUGGACACGUUUGAACUUCCGCCAAUACCUCUAACAGAGACGACUAAGUCAUCUACUCAAGUAGAACAUCCUUCUGGUCCUGUGUAGUUGCCUCGGAGGUCGGAUCGCAAAAGAAGACACCCAAAGAAACUUCAAGUAAACCCUCGGUUACGUCGCUAUUAACUUUCCAAAGGGGAGGUGUUGGGAUACUCAGAAAAAUAUCCCAAAAACAAUUAUCCGGUUAAGUCUAACGCUACCCUUGAACGUUAAAUGGUGUCAUUUCCCUAUUGGUCGUUUCCCUACUGAUCAAUAUUUAUUUCGCGUGUCAUUUUCCUAUUGGUCAAUAUUUAUAGUAAUCCUAACUGUAUAAAUAUGCAUUUGUUUGUAAAUCAUUAUUCUGCUGCUCGUGACCCCAUAAACGAUUUUUCAUCUACGGUUCGUGUUCUGAUAUAUUGGAGAUUGGGAACAGUAUUGGGGUCGAACUGGGAUAUCUGAAGCUUAUCGAUCGGUAGAAUUUAGAGUAGCCAACUCGCGAUUCACAAUACUUCUGUAAUACAGCUCAAUUGGAUGUAACAGUUUGAAGAUGGAUUUGAACCGAACUUGAUGAGUUUGUGAUCAGUCAACGUAGUAUCCAAGAAAGUUUAUGUCGAUUUAUUUUGAUCUAAGUGAUGGUUUACCUUAAUCUAGUGAAUGUUUACAGAUAUGAUUAAAAGCAGAAACCAAUGGUAAAUUAUACUAUAAUUUUCUUCCAAAUUCUUCAUGAAAGUGAAAGAAGUAUCAUUAAAUAAAAGAAUUUUUCCCUA